AUGACACUAGCCACUUGUUCCUUCUUUGCCAAACUCCUCCAAUACACCCACCAAAAAAACCUCGCAAACGGCAAAUCACUCCACGCCCAAAUCAUCAAGACUGGCUCUUCAUCUUGCAUAUACAUCUCCAAUAACCUCGUCAACUUCUACGCCAAGUCCCACCUCUUAACCGAAGCCCACCUUGUAUUCAAAGAAAUCGAAGUUAAAGACAUAGUCUCAUGGAACGGCCUCAUCAAUGGCUACUCUCAGCUGGGGACUCCCAAAUCUUCAUCCUCGGUCAUGAAACUGUUCAAGCUUAUGAGGAAAGAGAACACUUUCCCCGAUGCCCACACUUUCGCCGGAUAUUUUUCUACGGCGUCGAUUUUGAUGGACACGUUUUGUGGCCAGCAAGCUCAUUCACUUGCCAUCAAAACAGCUUGUUGUUCCGAUGUAUUUGCGAAUAGUUCUUUGUUAAACAUGUAUUGCAAAUGUGGCCUUGUUUGUGAUGCGCGGAAAGUGUUUGAUAGAAUGGCCGAGAGAAAUUCGGUUUCUUGGGCAAAGUGUAAAAGCUUAGAUAACGCGCUGCAAAUGUUUGAGCUUUCCAGUGAGAAGAACUCUAUUACGUGGUCUGCGAUGAUCACUGGGUAUACACAAAGUGGCGAUGGUGAGAAGGCAUUGAAAAUGUUCUCGGAUAUGCAUUUUUCUUGGAUGAGGCCUAGUGAAUUCACUCUUGUUGGGGUGCACAAUGCUUAUAGUAAUGUUGGUGCUACCGUAGAAGGAAAGCAGUUGCAUGGCUAUUUGAGGGUAAAUGUCAUAUAA